UUAAACGGUGGGUCCAAAGUAAACUCUAGAUCUUUGUAUUCUGCAUUCGUGGCCCAUUGAAUUUUCACAAUUGGAAUCCAUAUGAAGAUGUAUGGUUAUAGCGUUUUCAGUGUGUCACUUGGACAUAAGUUUCAAAUGUGAUAAGGUGGAACUGAGAUAGCAAAACGGAUUUGAAGUAACGUACGUCGCCUUAGCAGCCCUCUUAACAGUACAAGUCAACUAGUCAAGUGUAUCUUUCUAGUCUCUCUAGUAUAAAAGGUAAAGAAAAUUGAAGGACUGAAGACAGAUAAAUUAAGAUAUCAAGUGUUAUGGCAGCUUCCUCUUCCAACAAUAAAAGCUUCAUAGUGGAAAUUGGUGAAGAAUAUCCAUACCCUUCAUAUGUUAUUGCCCCACAUUUUGUUACUGUGAAGCUGAGUGGUAACGACAAAUACGAUGUGUGGAAAACACAGAUGCUAUGUCUCUUGAGGAGUCAUGGUAUGCUCGGUUUCAUUGAUGGAAAGAUUGUAAGACCCUAUGAGGAUCGAAACUCUAGUAGGAGGAAAUUCGUAAAAGACAGGAAGAAGGCAUGGAUGAGGUCCGAUUCACUUGUUACCGGGUGGAUACUUGGUUCACUCUCUGAAGAGGCAGCAACUGAAGUUAUCAAUUGUCUUAGUGCCAAACACAAUAAUUCAGAUUUCACUGCAAGAGAUGCAUGGGAUGAGUUACAACAUAGAUAUGGUCCUUCAAUACCAGUUAAUUCCUCCACUGAAAUCACUAUUGAAGAAGAAGAAGAAUCAAAAACGAAAGAGACAGAAACACCGACAAACAAAGCAAAUUCAAUACCUGAAGAUAUAGAGAGAAAAGUCAUAUUAAAAGAAUUGCACUUUUGGAUUAAAGUUGGAAUUUUGCGAGGUGUUCGUUACUUUCUUGACAGACAUCAAAUUAAACCGACGGAGAAAAUAACCAUUAAUGGCAACACAGUACUCCAUGUGGCAGUGGGUUUUUCAAAGGAGAAUCAUGAAAUAUUGAAGCAUUUGUUGUCCUUAUUACCGAAAGAGAACUCACUACUGGAUUUGGUAAAUUCAGAUGGAAGCACCCUGCUUCAUGUUGCUGCUAUUUUUGGCAACACCGAAGCUGGUAAGAUUCUAUUGAAAGAAAAUACGGAUUUGUUAUUAGCCCAGGACAAGGAUGGUCACACGCCACUCGCAUUAUCCCUUACUAAUAUGCACACCGAGACAUCUCGGUGUCUUAUAGAUCACAUCAAAAAUAACGAGAUAAAGAAGAAUUCUCUGUUUUCCGGCAGAAGUGGUGAUGAUCUUCUAGUUCUUGCAAUUUCUUCUAAAAAGUUUCGCUUAGCAAAGGAUUUGCUGACGCAUUACAAAACUAUACAUAGUGAAGCUGUGCUGAUGGCGUUAGCUCAAAACUUCCCAUGUGAACUCAACUUUUGGGGAAGGAUAAGAAACAGGAAGAUGAUCAUUUAUAGAGUAGUGGGUUUCGGUAACUUCAGAUGUAUCGGAUUACGUGGUUGCUGUUGCUGUGAGGCAAUACUGGAACUUUUCCUUCGUGGAAUUAUAAUGAUUCAGCUUUGUUUCGGGCUAACCCUUUCUUACAUUGUAUGGCCAUUCAUUAAAAAGAGAGUUGGAGUUCUUAAUGAUGCUUCCGAUUUGUUAUUUGAAGUAUGUCAAAAAAUAUAUGAGACCACCAAUCGUAGUAAGCGGUAUUACUUAAAUCCUGUUUUUGAAGCCACAAGACAAAAUGCAUUCGAGGUUGUUCAACAGAUUGUGUCACAUUUUCCGAAUGCAAUUAAGGGUACCAAUGAAGAUGGCCACGAUUUUAUCCAAUAUGCUGUAAUCAAUCGUUCCGAUGCGGUUUACAACAUGCUUUACCAAAUGAGCGAAGAUACCAACAUUGAUAAGAACAUUUAUAAAACAAUCAAUGACACUUAUCAUAAUAACCUCUUGCAUUUGGCAGCAAAAUUGGCACCUUCCAACAAAUUGAAUCUUAUAUCUGGUGCAGCUUUGCAAAUACAACGGGAACUCCAAUGGUUUAAGGAAGUAGAAGGAUUCGUAAAUCCCUUAAUCAGGAUUCAAAAGAACUCUUCUGGCAAAACACCUGAAAUGGUAUUUACUAAAGAACACAAAGACUUGGUGGUCGAGGGAGAAAAAUGGAUGAAGGCAACUGCAGAGUCGUACACAAUUACAGCAGCCUUAAUCACAACAAUUGUGUUUGCAGCGGCUAUUACAGUACCCGGAGGAAACAACCAGGAGACAGGCAUACCCAUUUUUACAAACAACGUCGCCUUCACAAUAUUUGCAAUAUCAGAUGCCAUAUCAUUAUUUGCAGCCGUUACAUCGUUGUUAAUGUUUUUAUCAAUCCUCACCGCACGUUUUCCUCAACAAGACUUUCUCAUCAAGUUGCCUAGAAGGUUGAUAGUAGGCCUCUUAGCCUUGUUUAUCUCGACAACAACCAUGAUUGUUGCUUUUGGAGCAACAUUAUACCUUGUGUUUGGGCAAGGGGACACGAGGAUCCUUAUUACGAUAUGUAUAUUCACAUCCUUACCGAUUACCAUGUUUGUGAGGUUGCAGUUUCCUCUUAUUGCAGACUUGGUGAGUUCCACAUAUGGUCCUAGUAUGUUUAUUAAAAAGCGAUCAUAUAGUUAUAUUUUCUGAACCUUCUUCUAUCUUUAUAUGUUUAUAGUUCGUUCUCUAAGAACAAAUGAUUGGAGAUAGAAUUUGAUUGCUUAAUUAAUAUUGCAAGAUUAUUUAUAUA